AUGGCUCUCGAUCAGACCAAUAACUACAAAUAUCAAGAGAACUUCUACUCAAAUAGCUUAUACUCCGACAAGCUAUCGGACUCUCAGAUUGACAGCUUUGUUCGCUACUGGUUUGGCAUCGGCAGGUCUUUAGGGCGAUAUUGGUGGAUUCAAGUCGACUUUCAUGGUGCCAAAACCUCGGCAAUCGUCGAGCGCAGCGCCAAUUCAUCAUCAUAUGCCUACCGCCAAAAGUUCUUCCUCUAUCAGUUCUACGACUUGGUGGGCUUGUCUGCGACAUACCCCAAGAACGGCUUCUCCUUCCUUCAAGGAUUCAUCGCAACCAUAACCAAUGGAACCCAGCAGCCGAAGUACUUCAACUACCCGGAUACGACUGUAGGGCAGAAAGAGGCGCAGGAGAUGUAUUGGGGGCAAAGUCUCGCGAGGCUACAGCAGAUCAAGGCUGCCGUGGACGAGGACGAAGUCUUCUAUUUCCCCCAAAGUGUUAGGCCGGUAGGUCUUGCUGGUGCUUGA